CUUACGACCGGCUGGAAGUUUUGAUGUUGUUGUGCCCAUAGAGACGGAGGGGCAACAUGAGUGAUGGAGUUAGUGCGGACACGGGCGUGGGGCCAGGGCUGGGUCUUGCCGACCGAACAUGGGGAAAGGUGUGCACCAAAGUCAAGAAGGCGGUGGUGUUCAUGGACGCGGCGUGCGCCGAGAGUUUGCAUUGGGUCGGCGGCGUAGACAGGCUGCUGCAAGCCGGGGCCCUGAACGUCAAAGAGUUCAGCAGCUUCGAAGCGGGGACCCCGGGGCAGGUCAAAGCCGUAUUCGUGGUGAGCACUUUGCUGAAGGGACGCACAGCCGAUGUGAUCCGCGACAUUGUAACCCUCAGCUCCUUCCAGUAUUGUGUGGUGAUCACUGCAGUCAGCCACUCUGUCCACCUGUUUGCCAAUAAUCUGAUGGUCGAUAUGGAGCAGGAACUCAUCUUCGAGGAAUUCGCGGAGCUGCUGUCCCAGUGGAUGGGUAACAUGAAUUACACCGGCGAGGUCAUGCACCUGCCCGUUUUAAUCGCACCCGUCUCUCCUCACCUUUUCAUCACUACAGCCUAUUCGUCCUUGUUUUCGUUUGUGCCUCAGGAUCUGAAACUGAUCAACAAUAGCAGACCCGACAAGAAGAGGUUCGGGAGUCUGAACGACAUCGACUUUCAGUCUUUGCCCUUUGAACUUCAGAUACAAAUCAGAUCACUCGUUUCAACUUUGAAUUCAAUGUUAGAAGUUCUGCAACUCAAAGAAGACUGCUUUGCGGUUGGACCUACGAGCAGAAUAAUUGCAGGAGAGCUUGCCAAUUAUCCACAAGCAAAACACAGAAGGAAAACUGCUCAACAUAGAGCAUCAAUCGUUUUUCUAGAUCGUACCCUUGAUCUCUCAGGUUCUGUUGCUCACCAUGGUGACUGUUUAGUAGAGAGAAUACUUAGCCUUCUGCCCAAAUUUCCGGGGUUCACCAGUGACGUGAAGGUUAAUAUGAUGGAUCUAACGUCUGUCCAAAGUAAUGAAGAAACCCAGAAUGUGAUAGCUCCAGGAUGCUUAUCUCAACCAAAUGACCCUUUAGCCAAAACUCUAUGGGAGUCCAUGCUAAAUAUGAAACAAAAAGAGGCUGUGAUGGAAGUGCGGAGGCACCUAGUGGAAGCAGCUAGCAAGGAGAAUCUUCCCAUAAAGAUGAGCUUAGGUAGAGUCACACCUGAACAGCUUAACUCCUAUGCCCAGUUAUUUAAAAGAAAUUUGCAAGCUUUGGAAAAUCAUUGUGGGCUCUUGCAACUUAGCAUGGCAACAAUGCAGACAUUGGGACAUCCGUGCUACUCAAAAUGGGAUAAUUUCCUAGCUUUUGAAAGGCUGCUGUUACAGGCACUUGGAGAUUGUGAUUUGUCUAGAGUUUUAACUCAAUUUCUGCCUAUGAUCAAAUCCUAUGAGGAGAGAGAAAAUUCUGAUUACAACCCCGAAGAAAUUCUUGUAUUAUUGGUUUACAUCUAUUCUGUUGUUGGAGAGCUCAAGGUCGACAACAUGGUGGAGAAAGCUGAAUGUGAGGUCAAGAAAGCUUUGCUGCAAGCAUUGUGUGAUGAACCUGACUUAUCUAACCUACUUCAGGAAAUAACAGGUUGUUCCUCAGCAUCUGAAUUAACAUUCGACAAAGCCACUGGUUUUGUGGAACGAGCAUUUGAAACACUUCGGGGCAUAGCAAGAGCACGGGCACAUAUGAAGCAGUUCAAGGCAGUAUAUAGCCCUGGUGAUGACAUCCACCAGGCAACUUACAAGCCUUUGGUGAAGCAGGUUAUAGAGGAGAUCUUCCAUCCAGACCGACCUGACGUUGUGGAUAUUGAGUACAUGUCUGGUGGCUUAACAGAACUCCUCAAAACUGGAUUCAGCAUGUUCAUGAAGGUGAGUCGUCCCCAUCCCAGUGACCACCCGCUGCUUAUCCUAUUCCUUGUGGGUGGAGUCACAGCUUCAGAGGUUCGAAUGAUAAAGGAAUCAGUUUCAAUGCACAAACCCAGCUGUCAGGUGAUUGUAUUGGCUACCAGACUGCUAAAUCCACUCGAUGUAACUCAACUCGUCUUUGCAACUGACAGACUGCAUCCUGACAUUGGAGUGUAACAAUUACAUAACUGCUAUUCAGAAACUUGGACUAUCCUGAAUGUAAUAUAGACAGAUAUCCAGGACAAGCCAUCAUUCAAGAAAACAGCAAAUAUCUAAUAUCCAAAAAUUAUAAAUACGAGGAAAAGGUGGGUAAAUGCCUAGCUGUUAAAGUACCUAUCAAUGUCUGAUUGCAAGCUGAAACCCAUUUACUGUAUAACAAGAUGUUUCUGGGUUGUAUUAAUGUGAUUCUCCAUGUUGCCUCUUUAUUUUACUUUUCUGUAUCACUGACAAUGAAGCACUUCUAAUCUGCUCGUCAAGGCAUUCCCAAAAACUGAUUUAAGAAUCUGAACUGUGCAGCAAUGUGUACCAACACUGAAAUUGUCAAUUAUGAAAAUAGUUUAUGUUAGUAAGUCUAUUGAUGCAGAAUUUGCCUGUAGUCAAAUUGUUGCUUAAUAAUUCUCCAGUGUUGUAAAAUAUUGUAAAGUAUCAGCAAUUUUUUUUGAUCACACAUCAAGGACGAGAAACUUAGUGACAGUAACAGCUAUUGCUUAAAUUGUUCUGUACCACAUUUCCGAAUCUACUAUUGCACACCAUUCAGAAAAACCUCUCCAAUGUUGAGGUGGAAUUGUGAAACACAAAGGAUCAAACUCAUCAAUUUCUUAGAAAAUGUCACCAUGGCUGCAACAGCAAUGAAAACUCCACCUCUGCAUCUACCCCAGACCAGUCCACCAAAAAUUACAACAGCCAAACGGCAAUCCAAUGAAAAUUCCUGACACAAAUCCCCGAAGAGCAUGGUAUGACUGAUUUUAUGUAAGUUUAAUGAGGAACAAUUUAACCUUGACUGCUGAAAAUCUUUAACACCAUUAUUACCGGGUAACUCCUUCCCAGAGAGGAAACUCAGCUACAUAUAUUUCACAAAUACAUUCAUAAAAUCCAGCUUAAUCAGAGUGAGUAUUCCCAAUAACGAAAUUAAAAUGGCAGCGACCAUCAUGUAGCCAAACCUGCAUUGGCUGAUAAAAACUUCCAAAAAUCUACUAGGUCUUUUCAUGAACUGAUUUAUUUGGUCUAAAAUGUUUUGGAACUUUAAGGAAACUGGAGCUAUUCACUAAAUCAGUUUACUUAGUAAUAAUUGUUCUAGAAAAUACCCGAGUAACAUUAACUAAAGGAACAGAAAUAGCACGUUGAUUGGAUUAACUGUCAUUUGAAAGAUAAAUGUUCAACUUUUGAAAUUAAAACUUAAGUCUGUAAUUUUGUGAAGAUGAGGGAUGUGUUGACAAAACUCAAGAUUGUAAUAAAAAUUGAUACUUCUGU